AUAACAAUAACGUAAGAAAAGAAACAAUUUGGUUUCAAUAUUGUGUAUUGUGAAUGUUAAAUUCAAAAUCAUCAUACUUCCAUUGAAAUUCUUUUUGAAUUUUUAUAGUUUCUGUUUGAUAUUUCAGUGGAUUUGAAGUAUGAUAGAGGAAGGGCCUGAUCCUAAAGAAGUGGCUAGUUUCCACUUUGUUCAGUUGCGAACAUUAAAGCUUGUCAAAAACAAUGAACAGGCUCCGAAGGAUUUUAUUAAUGUGAUUGCAACUGCAAGUAAAUUUGGAUUGCUUUUUGUUGGUAUAGCCAAUGGUUUUAAAGUGUUGAAAUUAGAAAACGUGCUAGACUUAGAUGAGGAUAAAGAAAAUAAGAGUAUUGAAGAAAAUUAUUUUAGCCAAAUUGUGCCUUGUGAAUCUCCUGUGUUAUUGUCACUUAGUACGGAGCAAAAGACACUAGCUGUAUGUCUGGAAAGAAAUUCAAAAAUUGUGGUUGAUUUCUAUGAUAUAGCUGCAUUUGCAAAUCAUGAUGCAACUCCUGCACCGUUUCAAAAUGCCCAAUUAUCUAGCAGCAACUGCAAGUUGAAAGAAUUUCUCUGGAAUCCUGUAUCUGAUGGGAUCUUUGCAUACUGCCUCAGUGAUGGAAGUCUAGGAGUGCAAGAACUUAAUGGAAUGAAUUUAUCUGUCUUAGCUAAUCUGCCUAAUGUUGGAGCUACUGCAGCUUGUUGGAGUCCUAAGGGUAAACAGCUAGUUGUUGGAAAAAGAGAUGGAUCUUUCAGCCAAUACAAACCAAAUCUGCAAGAAGUAAAGAAUAUUCCAGCACCAAAUUUGGAUGAAAAAUUAAUGGUUGUUAAUAUAUGUUGGCUGUCUACAACACAGUUUGCUGUCUUAUACAUGCCACCAGGAAGUGGCGUCUCCCCUUAUCUUUUCAUAGUGUCCACUCCAAAAGGUUCGCCAGUAGUAUAUACAAACUAUUAUGAUGUGUGUCUUGGGAAUUCAACUAAUGACUCUCAAAGAUAUUUUCUCCAUCAUGAACCUUCGUGGGACAUUUUAAUUUGUGCUUCCACAGAUUCUAUAGAAGUAGCAGUUCUUGGAGACCCACCAUCUUGGGUACAAUGGGAUUUAAGAGAAGAUGGUAGGAUUCUCCUGCCUGCUAAGAAUGGAGCAAAAUGUGCAAUUGGAUCAGGUGUCAUGUAUUGUUCACAGAGAAGAAUCAUCAUAAGUGAGAAUGAAUCAUAUCCUCCCAUGCCAAUUAUCUUCUUUCUAACUGACAAUGGAUUACUAGUUUCUUAUCACAUGGUGAACACUGCACCAGGCUGUGCAAGUUUGGUUCGACCCUCUACACCUAUUGAUAGAACAGGAGAGCGCAAAGCAGGUGGUUCUCAAAAUAUUAGUAAUGCUGUAGCAACCUCUCACCUUAUGCCAAGUAUUUCAAAAACUCCUGUGACUAAUGUUAUGCCUUCUGCAUCUUUUGCCCAAACACCUGCGAUGGGAAAUAUGAAUCCUGCCUUUAGCACUGGUUCAUUGACGUUUGGUUUUUCUCAACCAAAUUCUCAACAAAGUUUCCAGCCACCUAUUCAGAUAGCUAAUGUUUCGAGUAUGGCUGCUUCUUCAGUACCAAGCUCAUCAGCACAAUUUGGAGCUCCAUCCUCAAUGAAUAUGUCUUCUGAGAUGGAAAGGUUCCAUAAACCUUCAAAAGGAGUCUUCUCAGUUACACCAACUCAGCCUGCUGCUAGAGAUAACUCUGGAGUCAGACAUAUGGCAGUAGCACAACGCUCUGUUCCAGAUAUUAAGGGUGAUGGUGAUAGAAUUAUCCAAAAUAAUUCUGCAAUUCCUAAUAUGAAAAUGACUCAAGUGCAAGCUCCUCUUAGUAAUCCUAUGGUGGCCAAAGAUUCUUUUCAUAGUCAAGAUACUUACAGAGUUGCAAUAGUUGAGGAAAUGCAAACUUUUGAAAAAGAAAUUCAGGAGUUGAAAAAAUCAUCGGAACAAUUAGGAACCAUUGGAACAAAGGAAGAAAUGGCUCAGUUGAAGUCAUUUACCAUGAAUUUUGAAGAAUUCAAUAAUGAUAUGUCUGAAACAAUGGUGUCCCUGAACAACGACAUCCAUUCAUUGAAAAAUAUUCUUCUGGAAAGUUUUGUCCUAGUGGAGCAGGCUCAUUCAAAGGAGCGGAGGAAAAAUGACCACUCUUACAUAUCCAUGCUGAGGGAACGAGCUUUAGACCCUCUGACCGCCAAGCGCAUGCAGAAGAUCGAGCAGCAUUAUCUAUACCUCAGUACUCAGUUACAAGAAGUCAAUAACAAACUUGACCAAGAUUGGUUUGAGUAUCUUGAAAAAAAGAAAGCUAACCAAAGAUCUAUUCGCCAUAUAUCUUCAGCAGAAGCUAUGUAUAAAACAGUUGUCAACAACCAAAAAAUAAUUCAUAACUUAAGACAAAUUAUUAAUUCAAUGAGUAACCAACUGGUUGAAAAGAGGCUACAGAAUUUGUCUAAACGAAAAAACAAGACAGAAUUUAUCAAAAGAUCUGGCCCUGAAGAAUUAUCAAAGUUAGCUGAUGCCUUCCUUCAAGCCAAAAUUAAUAAUUCUGAAGAAGAGAAGCCUCAGUUACCCAAAAAGAUGCCAUUUAGUGCUCAACAAGCUCUUAAGAAUUAUCUUUCAAACUCGCCUGUAACUGUUGUGAGACCAACCAUAAUUAGCUCUCCUGUCCAAUCCAGGUUAUUAUCAAAAUCUUUGCUAUACAGGGAGAGUAUUACAUCACCUCCUUCAAAUGAGAUUGAUGCUGCUGUUAAUGCUCAACAAACUAUUGACAAAAGUGCCAUGUCAAGGUCUACUGUAACUAUGAAGCCUGGGUUAACAAAUGCCCCAACAACAUUUGUGUCUUUAAAUGAAAUCAAUCAAAAGAAUUUCGUGUCAGUUAAUAAGCCACAGGUAACAUCUGCUUUAGAUUUUGAUAAACUUAGACAACAAAAUGUAGAUUCCAGUUUUGGUGAACACAGAAAGGAAGACAAAGAUAACUUUGCCAAGCCAUUGCCGAAAUCGGUUCCAUCUACAGUUCAGAUUGUAUCUCCGAAACUAGGACCUUCCCCAAUAUCAGUGGAAGAAAUUCCUUCUCCUGUAUAUGAAGACAUCACCCCUCCUGAUUCACCUACUGCAUUAAAUAUUAAAGCUAUAAAUGCUUCGCCUGUUCCUGAGAAUGAAGUUAUUUUAAUUUCAACAAAUGAAGGAGUUCAAAAACUUAUGGCUGGUGACUCGGGGAUACAGAAGAUUGGCUUAUCAGAAUAUUCUAACGAACAUCAAAAUAUUUCUCAACGAAUAGGGAAACCUACACAAUCCUUCUUUCAAACUGAAAACAAACCUUUGCCUUUUGGACAAACCUUUGCUUUUUCUGCUUCAAAUGCUCCACCAAAUGCUAAAUUUCCUUCUGCUGAUCACAAUUCUGGUACCAAAAUAAGUAUUAAUAAUGCUUCUAAUUUCAAUAAGGUUGAAGAAAAGCAAUCCUCAAGUCAAGUGUUUAAGCCAAACACUGUGAAACCUACAAUGUCAUUUUCAUUUUUCACAUCAUCAGCUGCUGUGCCUAAUUUUGCACCUACUUCUAAAAAUGAAGGGAAUAAUACAGUUGAAGUAUCUCAGUCAGACAAAAGUCUCCCUCAAUCUCCCAAGUUUGUUUUUGAUUUGAGUAAUAAGCAGAACCCAAAACCUAUUUCUGGUACACUUUUUUCUACAGAUUUUAAUGCAAAGACAGAAAAGAAAGAAGGAACUCAAAGUAGUGAAUCAGAGAAAUUGUCUCUUUCCAGUCUUUCAAGUACUGAUGCAACAUCAGAAAAGUCUAAAAUAGGUAAUGCUUCACAGCAGCCACUAUCUUUUGUACCUACAACUGUCAGCAAAGCAUCUCCUUUCUUUAAAACCACUACUGAUAAAACUUCAAAUGCAUCACUUACAUUCUUUCAAUCUACAGCAGGAAGUACCAUUGCUUCACAACAAGCUGUAUCUUCAGAAGGAAUCAAAACUUUUCCAACUAUAACAAGCAUGUUCUCUCAAAAUGUAACUACAUCAGCAUCAGCAAUACAAACAUCAAAAACAGUUGAUGUCAGCAAGAGUGAUGCAUCUCAGAUAACUUCAUCAUUGUCUUCCCCAAACAUUUCAUAUAUAGGUUCUCAAUCUGCUUUCAGCCAAGCUCCCAUGAACUUAACUCAAAAAACUCAGCCAGCAGAAGAAAAGCUAGCUGUUAGUACCAGUGUAGCAGAAAUUAAUGUGCCAUCUUCCAUUGCUGUAACCCAGACAACAGUCCAGUCUUCGUUUUUUAAUUCUAAGCCACCAAGUACCUCUGUGUUUGGUCAAGGAACAGCACCUUUAUCAUCAGGAUUUCUUAUAUCUUCAGCUUCAAGUCCAGCCUCACAGCAGAAUACUGUAACAUCAACGAACGUGUCAGCACUUACUUUUGGACAGCCUACAUCACUUGCAGCUACUUCAGAGCCAGCUCAAGCCGUAAGUUCUGUGCCAAAUCCACCUGUUGCAACCUCCCAAAUUUCAACAUCUUCAGCAGUUUUUCCUGCAGCAGCAACAACUUCUUCAACGGUUUCCCCUGCAACAGCAACAACCCCCCAAACUUCAACCUCUUCUCCUGCUGCAGUAACAACCUCCCAAACUCCAACCACUUCAACAGUUUUUCCUGCAGCAACAACAACCUCUCAAACUACUACUGCUUCAUCAGUUUUUUCAGUUGCAGCACCACCCCCGCAAACCACUACGGCUUCAUCUGUUUUUUCAGUUACAUCAACAACUUCCCAGCCACUAACCUUGUUUGGUCAGGCAAACAAUUCUUCCAUAUUUUCUCCAUCGCCAAAUGUUGUUAUAUCCACUGCAGCUGUGUCUACUCAAGCUACCCAGCCAGUUUUUGGACAAGCUAGCAGCACGACUUCAUCAUUUUUUGGUCAAACUCCUGCAUCUCAGUCAACAUUUGGGCAAACUGUUACAACACAGUCAUCUUUUUUUGGAAAACCAGCCUCAGAAACACCAGUUUUUGGGCAAGCCUCACCUUUUGGAUCAACAACCCAAACAAAUUCUUUUACACAGUCAGGUGGAUCAUUCUUUUCACCAACUUCAACAGGACAGACAUCUGUUUUUGGGAGUAAUACUUCAGGAAAUUCAGGAUUUGGGAAUCAGUCACCUGCCUCUAAUUUCUCAUUUGGAAAAUCUGCAUUUGGUGAAACUCAAGGGUCUUUUGGUUUAGCUAAAUCAGUAUUCGGGCAACAAAGUCCACCUACUUUUGGAACACCUGUGUCUUCACCAUCCAGCACUCCAUUUGGUCAGUCUUCGGGAGGUAAUUUAUUUGGUCAAGGAUCUUUCUUCAGUGGUCUUGGCGGACAGCCUUCUUCCGAAAAUGCUAACAAAAAUGUUUUUUCAAUGGGGAAUCUAGGAAAGCCUAGCUCUGAUUCUGGAAACGUGUUUGGAGGGGCUUCUACUUUUGGAAGCAAAGUAAAUACUGGAUCUUUCGGCGGUGGAAGCUUCUCUUCUGGUGGAGGAUCAGUAGCACAGACCGGUUUUGGUGCUUUUCAGCAAUCCCCUCAAAAACCAGGUGGCUUUGGAGCAGCUCCUGCUUUUGGUGGGGCUCCUGCAUUUGGUUCUCCCCCAGCAUUUGGCAGUCCACCUGCAUUUGGAAGUGGGAGUCCUCUGGGAUCUGUAUUUGGUUCACAAGGUGGUGCUCAAACAGCCAAUUUUUCAAGCUUUGCAUCUGCUAACACGCCUACUUUUGGUUCCUUGGCUCAGAGUUCUGGGGGCUUUGGUCAGCAGCAAACUAGUCCAUUUGGAGGGGGUUCUGUCUUUGGAGGUGCACCUGCAUUUGGAGGAUCACCAGGUUUUGGAGCCUCAAGUGGCCCUUCUACCAAUUCAUCUGCAUUCACUCAGUGGAGAAGCUAGUUCCUGCUACCUAACGAAAUUGUUUUAUUGUACACAUUCUGUUAUAAAAUCAAUUUUCUGAAUUCAGAUUGUAACUUCCUGUGAGUAAAAUCUUAAUAAAAUUUAUUUUUUAGAGCA